UAUUUCUUGGGCUAGUGAAGAACUGCUGGAUCCUUUGCAGCAUAGGCAGAGGAGGCAGGAGCCCCUGAGUGGGCUAGCUGCUUGAGCUGGGGAUGCCUGGGCAGAUGCAGAAGCAGCUGGAAAGGUGGCACUGCACUUGGUCGCAGAAGCUGCCGCUGUUCCUAGGAGACAGAGAAGCAGCAAGCCUGCGGGGGGAGGGGGAGCAAGUGGGUUGCUGCUUUUAGCAGCUGAAAGGACUGCAGGGAGCUCUGGGUAAGACAUUUUCUACUGCUGUUGCUUCUGCGGUAGAAACUGCCGCGAGUAAGUCAGAGGAAGGAGGAUCGAGAGGGAGGAGGCUUUAGUUGCAGCCAUGCUGAAUCACUGUUGCUGAUCAGAUCUCCCGCUGGGCUGCUGGGAGAACCGGGAACUAAGCUAGGAUCGGGAACUAAGCUAGGAUCGCUGUGUAUACGCACUGUUCAGCAGCUACCACCCCUGCUGGGCCUCGCACAAUGGAGGGUGAAAGUGUCAAGCCAAACUCCCAGCCACAGAUACAGGCUGGGGAUGAUGAGAAGAACCAGAGGACAGUCACUGUCAAUCCAGCCCACAUGGGAAAGGCCUUCAAGGUUAUGAAUGAGCUUCGGAGUAAGCAGCUGUUGUGUGACGUGAUGAUUGUGGCAGAAGAUGUGGAAAUAGAAGCCCACCGUGUGGUCCUGGCAGCCUGCAGUCCCUACUUCUGUGCGAUGUUCACAGGUGACAUGUCUGAGAGUAAAGCCAAGAAGAUUGAAAUCAAGGAUGUGGAUGGGCAUACGCUUAGGAAGCUGAUUGAUUACAUCUAUACUGCAGAAAUUGAGGUGACCGAAGAGAAUGUGCAGGUGCUGCUCCCAGCAGCCAGCUUGCUGCAGCUCAUGGAUGUUCGGCAGAACUGCUGUGACUUCCUGCAGUCUCAGUUGCAUCCCACCAAUUGCCUGGGCAUCCGUGCAUUUGCAGAUGUGCACACCUGCACCGACCUUCUGCAGCAGGCCAAUGCCUAUGCAGAGCAGCACUUUCCAGAGGUGAUGCUGGGGGAAGAAUUUCUUAGCCUAAGUCUGGACCAGGUGUGCAGCUUGAUAUCCAGUGACAAGCUGACCGUUUCUUCAGAAGAGAAGGUGUUUGAAGCUGUGAUUUCCUGGAUCAAUUAUGAGAAAGAGACCCGUUUAGAGCAUAUGGCAAAACUGAUGGAACACGUCCGACUCCCUCUCUUGCCCAGGGAUUAUCUAGUGCAGACAGUUGAAGAAGAGGCUUUGAUAAAGAAUAACAACACCUGUAAGGACUUCCUCAUCGAGGCCAUGAAAUACCAUCUGCUCCCCCUGGAUCAGAGACUCUUGAUUAAGAACCCUAGAACCAAGCCCAGGACUCCAGUAAGCCUGCCUAAGGUCAUGAUUGUGGUUGGUGGCCAAGCACCCAAGGCAAUCCGCAGCGUGGAGUGCUAUGAUUUUGAGGAGGACCGGUGGGAUCAGAUUGCAGAGCUUCCAUCCAGGAGAUGCAGAGCCGGUGUGGUGUUCAUGGCUGGCCACGUGUAUGCUGUGGGCGGAUUUAAUGGCUCCCUGAGGGUGCGGACUGUGGACGUGUAUGACGGUGUGAAGGACCAGUGGACGUCCAUUGCCAGCAUGCAGGAGCGCCGGAGCACACUGGGUGCGGCCGUGCUCAAUGACCUGCUGUACGCGGUGGGAGGCUUCGAUGGCAGUACUGGCCUGGCGUCGGUGGAAGCCUACAGCUACAAGACCAACGAGUGGUUCUUUGUGGCCCCGAUGAACACGCGGCGCAGCAGUGUGGGUGUGGGCGUUGUGGAGGGGAAGCUUUAUGCCGUUGGGGGUUAUGAUGGGGCCUCCCGCCAGUGUCUGAGCACCGUGGAGCAGUACAACCCAGCGACCAACGAGUGGACAUAUGUGGCUGACAUGAGCACCCGCCGCAGUGGUGCAGGGGUUGGGGUGCUCAGUGGACAGCUGUAUGCCACAGGCGGCCAUGAUGGGCCCUUGGUGAGGAAGAGUGUUGAAGUUUACGAUCCUGGAACAAACACCUGGAAGCAGGUGGCAGACAUGAACAUGUGCCGACGCAAUGCAGGGGUCUGUGCAGUGAAUGGGCUCCUGUAUGUGGUUGGAGGAGACGAUGGAUCCUGCAACCUGGCUUCGGUGGAGUACUACAAUCCUGUCACGGACAAGUGGACACUGCUACCAACCAACAUGAGUACUGGCCGGAGCUAUGCAGGUGUUGCUGUGAUCCACAAGUCCUUGUGACCCAAACUCCCACUGCUAGGAGACGGAGGAAGGAGCAAGUGCUGCCUGUGACUGGGAGCCUGGGGACCGUAACGACUGGAUUCAACUCACUGGGAGGGUCCGAGAUGGUGUGAGCAGCACCCUCUCCCACCAGUGCAGCCUCUUGCAGCAUGGACUUGGGUGACCCACCUCCCUCUCCCCCAAGGUGCUUUGGCCUCCACCCUGAGCAGCGGAGUUCCUGACAGCCUCAGCAGCACCUUUGGGCUUUUUUUCUUGUUUCUACAGAGACAACAGAGAACCGUGUGUGUGUGUGUGUGUGUGUGUGUGUGUGUGUGU